AUGCUGUCUUUAUUCCUUACCAAGAGCUUGGAAUUGGAUGUUCAAAACACGCCUGAGGUAGACCCAGGCAUCGAAAAGAAGCAAUUGGAAAAGGACAACUACCAUGAAAGUGUGUCCACUCUAUACGAUGAGAGCAAGAAAGACCUCAAAGAGGCAGAGGACCCUCGCACAGCCGUGGAAAACGAGAGCCGUCAAGACCAAGACAGCAAUACCAUCUGGUGGGAUAGUGAUGAUGACCCUGAAAACCCGAUGAACUGGUCCUCUGCGAAUAAAUGGGCCAACCUCGGCAUCAUUUCGAUAAUCACUUUUAUCAUACCUCUGGCUUCCUCUAUGCUCGCACCCGGCGUCGAACAGGUGGUGGCAGAGUUCCAUGUCACAAAUGAUCUAUUGGGAAGUCUCGUUGUCUCGACCUACGUCCUAGGACUGGCGUUUGGUCCGCUGAUCCUGGCACCUCUCUCAGAGGUCUAUGGCCGCAAGAUUAUAUACUCAAUUUCCAAUGUUCUAUAUGUGAUCUUCACCAUUGCCUGCGCUGUGUCUAGCAGCAUGAGCAUGUUGAUAGUCUGGCGCUUCCUGGCUGGCUGUGUAGGAUCUGCUCCUAUGUCCAUUGGAGGUGGUACCAUUGCAGAUAUGUUCCCUUUACAGCAGCGUGGACGGGCAUUGUCUAUUUAUAUCCUUGGCUCUGUGUCUGGGCCGGCAGUUGGGCCCAUCAUGGGAGGAUUUCUGACCCAAUACAAAGGCUGGAGAUGGAUAUUUUGGUUGUUGGCCAUCAUGGCCGGAGCAGUAGGCAUAGUCCAGAUAAUCUUCCUGAAAGAAUCCUACGCGGUGACCAUUCUAUCCCGGAAAACGCGCCGACUACAGAAAGAAACAAGCAACAUAAACUCCGAUCAAGACUAG